AUGUCUCUGUAUCCCACCUUUGAAGGCCUUACGAUCGGUAAAGAAAUAGAAGCUCAAAACAACCUCGCUCAAACACUGACAACAAACGCGGCGUGCUCCAAUGUGGGUGGUGUGAAUUACGCUGCACUGGCCAGUGAAUUCCUCGGUCUUGAUCUCUCUUUGGUUCGUUAUGAUGACUACGGAAAUGCUUGUUAUGGAGGCGAAACCGCAGCGGGAGCAGUGGUAUCACAUGCCGGAACUGCCAUUUCUAUUCCAGCUUCUGGAACAAUUGAGCGCAGAGAUCCUAUCGAGGUCUCUCAAGGGGUUCGUGAAAUGACUCUGUGCAAAAAUGCAAAGGGUCUAGUGGGUAUGCAGCUACGCAACCAGGACUGUGGUGUUUUCGUUACUUAUGUCGAAAGGGAUUCACCAGCAGCCAUGGCUGGUCUUCGAUUUGGUGACCAGGUUUUACAAAUCAAUGGUCAAUUUACUGCCGGAAUGUGUGGCAGAAAGGCGAUGAAUUUGAUAAAGAAUGGUCCUGCAAAUAAUAUCAGCGUUGUUAUUCGUGAUAGACCUCUAGAACGCUGUGUUACAUUGUCGAAGAAUAGUUUGGGAAGUGUUGGAAUGCUUAUCAAAGACGGCAAGGUUGAUAGCAUUGUUGAAGGCUCCAGCGCUGCGCGUAAUGGUGUUCUGGUCAACCAUCAGUUAGUAGAAGUCAAUGGGGUCAAUGUACUCGGACUUUCGGACAAAAAGAUUCGUGAUCUACUUAAAACCACUGGACAAACCGUCAAAAUUACCCUUAUGCCGUCGUUCUUCUUUGAACAUCUUUCAAAAAAGCUUGGUAGGUCCUUCUUGAGAAACAUGGACCGCUCAGAACCUAUGGCGUGA